AUCUUGCGACUGUGAUGGCAUAAUCUCAGCCUCUGUUUUUGUUGCUAUGUUUCCUCUCCACUUUCUGCUGCUAUACUAUAUUAUAGUAUUAGGCUAAAUUGGUUUCUUUUUGUUGUUCUGGUCUUCUAGAUUAAUGUCUAUAUAGGCUAUAUGUUAUUUUAGAGUGACACUUUUUCUUCGAAUGAGUGAAUUGACGAUAUUGCUUUGGAGUUUUGUCUUUAAAGAGGAAAACUUCAAGGGAGAUUGAAGAGUUGGUCGCUUUAGGUUUAAACUUUGAAACUGGUGACUUUCAAAUAGGAGCUAUGAGUUACCAGCAAAGUCUAAACGUUCAAAUUGAGAGGAAGCAGCCUUUUUAAAUGGGCGGGGCCGUUUUAAGGCCUAACGAAAAAUUAUUAGGAUCGAUGGUUAAUCUAUUCAGUUGAUUUAUCUUGUAACAUGGUUAAUUUUGAAUAGGAUUUGAACAAUUUUAAUCUUGAAAAAUUCCUUUUAGCAACAGCAACUAUUACAAAUAUUGUCAAUAAUAUAAGCAAUACAGGAACUUGAGGUGAAGACCCAUCAUGCUGUUAUGACGCUUAAGCAUAACCUUAGUGUAUAGUCAUGUACAGCCCUGACAUUUUUUGUGUUUCAGGUUGAAUCAAGUAUCACAAUGCCUGAUGUUCAGUCCCUUGUUAACGAUUUCUUGAAUCAGCUUAAGAAACGUAAAAUUGAAGGUUCCCAGGCCACAGCAAAGCAGACAGCAGAGGUGCUUAGGUCUGUGAUUUCUCAACAGCGAUUGCCCUACACAAAUCAAGCUGGUGCUCUGAUAGAUGCAGUAAGAGCUGUUGGGGAGCAGCUCAUUGCUGCAAAUCCUGUUGAGGUAGCUGUGGGUAAUAUAGUAAGGCGGGUUUUGCACAUUAUAAGGGAGGAAGAUCUUUCCCUUGCAACAGAUGCUAUUGCUGGUUUGGGAAUAUCAGCAGGAAGUGACGAUGAAGAUGAUGUGGAGCGAGAUGAUCAUCCUGUUCUAUCUGCAGCUGCUGUUGCUGCUGCUGCGAGAAGCACUUUGCGUCCACCAUCACUGCAAACUCUUCUAGAGGAUUUGCCUGAUUCAGCUGCUGUUCCACCCACUUCUUCUUCUGGGGGUGAAUCUGAAGGAAAAAGUAGAUCAGCAGACAAAGGUUCCCGAGGCCGGAAGCUGAAACAUGAUGUCAUUGAAGCUGUCAAUGAUCUUAUUCAAGAUAUUGCCACUUGCCAUGAGCAAAUAGCAGAGCAAGCUGUAGAACACAUACAUCAAAAUGAGGUAAUAUUAACACUAGGAAGUUCGAGAACAGUGCUGGAGUUUCUUUGUGCUGCAAAGGAGAAGAAGAGAUCAUUUCGGGUCUUUGUUGCCGAGGGUGCCCCAAGAUAUCAGGGGCAUCUACUUGCGAAAGAUUUGGCAGCAAGAGGCUUACAAACCACAGUAAUAACUGAUUCUGCAGUUUUUGCCAUGAUAUCCCGAGUAAACAUGGUUAUAGUUGGAGCUCAUGCUGUCAUGGCUAAUGGGGGAGUUAUUGCCCCUGUUGGGCUGAAUAUGGUUGCACUUGCAGCUCAAAAGCAUGCUGUUCCUUUUGUCGUACUUGCUGGAAGUCACAAGUUGUGUCCUUUGUAUCCACACAAUCCUGAGGUCUUGCUGAAUGAGCUGAGGUCUCCUUCUGAAUUGCUCGAUUUUGGGGAAUUUUCAGAUUGUAUGGAUGCUGCAAGUGGCACUUGUUCUCUUCAUGUCGUUAAUCCAACAUUUGAUUAUGUGCCACCGAAGCUUGUUAGUCUCUUCAUUACUGACACAGGUGGCCAUAACCCAUCAUACAUGUACCGGCUCAUAGCUGAUUAUUACACUGCUGAUGAUUUAGUGGUGAAAGCACGAACUACCGCAGGGAGUUGACUUUUGACCCCUGUAUUUGUCCAACACUGGUAAUUAAUACAGUUCUACAGCUGUUAUCUUGAAGGUGAUUGUACAAGUGAAGCCUUAGCACGCAUUUUUAAAAGUGGGAUUUCUGUAAAGUUGGUGUUUUGCUGGGAAAAUAUUGCUGAGAGAUAUAAACUGAGACUAUGAGUAAAAGCAAGAAAGGAUUUGUAAGACGUGAAAUUGUUUUCUUGUAAUAUAUGUUGGGAGUCAAUAUUCGUAUGCCUUCCCUUUCCCAGUUUUAAUUGGAUCAUCCCCUUCUCAUCUCUUGGAAUGAUUGGCUUUUUCAUGCUUGGUUACCAAGCAGGUUUUUGAGCGACUGAUAAUUGAUGGGCUUGAGAGGAGUUAAAUAUGAGUUGGAGAAUGAAGCUUUGUGAAAACUAUACAAAGGAUGAGACUGUGAUGGCAAUAUACAGUGAAAAUGAAAUUUCAUUUCUGCGGCUGCUGAAGAGCUCACAUGAAUUAGCCUAAUCCUAUCAGUCCAUGGGGGUGAAAUGUAGCUCUUUUUUCUAUUGGCCUAAUCAAUAAUCAUGAUGCGUAAAGGCCGUGAUUUGCUUAUACAGUAUAUCUUUGUUUAUUAUGUUGUUGUUGUUAUUCUUUUGGGGGGAAUUUUCGUAAA